GCAACAAGAUGGCUGGCCAUCGACUUGACCAGUAACGCCAAGAAUGUAAUUUUGACAAGUAAAACUUCUACAAGACAUGGAAGUGAAGAGAAGAGGAUUAGAAAUGGCUGUAUUAAAACUCAUUUGUCUAAUCAAAUUUCUGACUCCUCAGGAAGCAUCGAAUUUGCUGACUUGACUAAGCCUGAGCCAAUGUCUCUUAAUUCCUCAAAUAGUCUUGGUGAUGAGGAAACAAGGAUCAGUUUGGAGGUAUCUUUGGGAGCUAAAACAAUGAUGAAGCCUGAUUUUACUAAAUCUCCAAAAGUUAGCGCUUUUUGGUCUCAUAACGUCAAUUUAAACCAGACAAAGGAGUUGAGUGGUAAAUAUUAUAACUCCUUCUUUGCAGACUCAAGUGAUUCUGAAUCAGAGCCUGAUCUAUGAGAGACACCUAAAAGGUAACAUCGAUAUAUUUUAACUUAGCAGAAGAGGUACAGAAGUUUAUCGGCCGGUGCAGACAAUUCCUAAUUCUAUCCAAAGCCAUUCCAUGCCUCAGUCACCCAAGACCCCCAAUAUGGUAAAACCUUCGUUUCCAAGGAAAUGGAAUCAUCAGGGAAACAAAUUUAGCCAAAAACCAAAGACAUUAAAAUUUAUUGACACUACAAAAAUCAUGUCACCUAAUCAUAUUGACUAUUGGCUUCCAUCAUCUUUUGAAGAAAUCCUUCAGGAAGAGGACUCUAGUGAUUAUGAGUUUGAUGAGAAGAAGACAUCUCUUGAUGAUAGUGUAAAAGGCUACAACCCUGAGACACAUUAUGCAGACCCUUGUGUCAGGUACAAAAAGCUCCAAAAGUUCAUGAGGAAUGAGCAGAAAUCAUGAAGAAAUUCCCAGUCUGAAAACCAAUAUAAAAGAAAAUCAGAAUGCAUCAAUAAAAAUCUGAAGAAUUCGGUCACAAUGAAAAACAAAUUUUCAGGAAGAAGCCAGAACAUAUGUUCAACCAAGGACUUGUCUUUGAAUAAAGCAAAGUUUCUAGAUUCUAGAAAUAGUAGAAAUAGUGUCUCUCACCAUGACAGGACAAUUUCAUACAAUUCCUCAAUAGAUUCAGAAAAUGGAAUAAGGGAAGUGAGUCUAGAAGGUAAUCUUGAAAGUCCUAGUCAUUUCAUGGUUAACAACACAAGAGUGAUUAGACCCCAAACUAAGAAGAAGCAUGAAAGAGAAGUGAUUGGCUUUAUUGAUCAUAAAUAUCAAUUUGUUCUUCCUAACUGUGACCUCCAGCCUAAGGAGGAGAGUAUUCUAUCACUAGAAAAAUUAAAUAUAUUUAAAUUACUUGGAAAAGAGUCACCUAACGAGGAAGUUUCCAGAAGGAUCGCUUUGAAUAUCAUUAAAGAAAUCACAAGAGCAGAAGCUAGAAAAUACCGUCAUCACCCUCUGAUGUAUAAAUUUGUUAGCAAGAUUCUUGACCAGGACACCUCAUAUAGAAUUUAGUUGCAAAAAUUUCUAUCUGAAGCAAUUAAAUAAAAAUUCAUUUUC